CUUGCAGCCGGAGCCCCACGUGUGGUUUGUUUACGUUCUGUAAAAACUUUAAUGUGAUAAAAACUUACAAAAAUGAAGAGUAAACCUGUGAAACAUAAAACUACAAACACAUUCCGGUUUGUACCAUUUGCAGAACGUAUCAAUUCAAUUGACAUCCGUCAUGCAGCUCUGUACCACAUCGAGCAUGCAUACACACAGCAUCCUGAUGAAAACGACACACAUUUUCACCUGGCGAUACAGAAAUGGUACGCUCUCAACUUGACAGAAAACUUUAAGAAGUUCCGUAAAGAAGUGUUUGGAAUCAUCACAGUUCCUCAGCUGGUUCACAAAAAAGAAGAAGUAUUUGACAUUUUAGAGAGAUACCUCAAUUUGGAGGAUCAGUUGUGUCUGCAGCCUUUAUUGGAAAUCUUGGUAUCUUUAGCAAAGGAUUUACGCAACGACUUCUACCCACAGUUUCCUAGAUUUCUAGAUAUACUCAUAAAACUAUUAAACACAAAAGAUGCAGACAGGCUGGAAUGGACUUUGGUUUGCCUGGCGUUUCUUUUCAAAAUAUUAAAACCGAAUUUAAAGAAAGACAUAGCAGUUGUCCUGAAAAGAAUAAUUCCGUUACUUAGUGAAGAACAUCCUCAGUAUAUUAACAAUUUUGCAGCUGAAAGUUUUGCUUUUGUUGCCCGAGAUAUACGAGAUAAAAAGAAGUUUCUUGAGCUUUUAUUAAAUUAUUUGAAGACAAAUGAUGAUGCUAUCACUGGAUGUGGUCAUCUUUUAUUUGAAAUGAUAAAAGGAGUUGGUAACAAGUUCCAUAGUUGCAUAGACACCUUCUUACCACUACUACUGCAGACACUCAAAGAUGAUAAACAGUAUCAAGAUGUCCUAUUCAAAGUCCUCACACAAACCAUUGAAGACAGUCUACAAACUAUUUCUCACAAGGAGUACACAAUAUUCUGGUCUAGUGCUCUCAGGUUUAUUGAAGAAAUAUUGAAUGAGAAUGAUGAAGAAAGUAAAGGACUAGAAUACAUUCUGAGGCUUGCAGGUCAAGUUGUUGAACACCAGAAUGGAAAAUACUUAACCAACCCUCCACAGUUUGUGCUCUUGCUUGUAAAAGUUAUAUGUGAACAGUUCUCUGAGAAUGUACUCGAAGUGUGCGCCCAAAUUGGUGCCCUACUGCUUUUAUCUCCAAAUGUAUCACUGUCCCAGGAACAUGCAGGGAUCAUUGUCAAAGUCCUACUCCCAUUGCCUUACCCAAAUAUUUUGAUUAACUUUGUAAGAAAUGUCAUUGACUAUGCACAGUUUGACAUGCACAUUUUGCCCCCAUUCCUUAAUUUCGUUCUUCAGUCCGGCUUUGACAAUGAAGCAAUGUGUACAUUGACCAAGAUUUGUUUGAGAAAGUCUCCUUUAUCCAUGAAUGGUAUAAAACUUUUCGAAUGGGUGAAAUACCCAGUUGAUUUUGGGGCUGGUCUUCCUGACUUCAUGGAGCAUUGUAAUACUGUCUUGAAUGACGAUAUGGAGAAUAUUGUGGAAAACCCUUCGAAGUUAAUGAAUGUUCUUUUCUGCUUGCCACACAUAGAAAAUAAAGAUGUGGAUUACUGUGUGACGACACUUAGCAAGCUCAUAGCAAAGUUGCUGCAAGUUCUGAACACUUAUAACAUUGCAGUGCAGUCUGAGAACAACCAAUUUCACUGCGAUAAUACGGCCCUUUCCAGGUGUGCUAGACAAGUGUUAUUUAUACUAGCAAACGCUUUGGAAAGUGCCAUUCACAUUUCCAGUUGCAAGAAGUUGAAAACCAUCUGUGAUAUUGAAAUGCUCCUGUGUGUGAUACUGCCAUAUGCUGCAGAUCCUAAUUACUUGGCAGCAUUGCAUCUUCUGGACUUAUAUUUGACAGCAUAUGAACAGGAAAACGGAUUAAUUUAUGCACACCUCUCUUUGAUUGAUUCAUAUCUGAGGAAUAACGUGUCGUCGCCUUUUCAUAUUGUUCGUCUGCUGACAACUCAUGUUUACAAGCUAUUCGAAAAUGUCCCAGAGCUAGAAAAGACUGCGCAAGUUGGCGGAAGUGUUGAACGAUUUUCCAUAUUCAGUAGAUGCUUUGCCGUAGAGUCCAUCCAACCUUCCAUCCAAGAGUACAGGGCUCAGAUAAACAUGCUGCAAAAAAUGACCUUCAAUACCACCCAGUACACUCUUGCUAAAGAAACAGAUUUUCAUUUGUUUGCAUUGAACUAUAUGCUCGGGUUUCUGUAUGUAAACUUCAAAUUGCUCUGGGAACCAGUCUCAGAAUUUAUCGCUGGAUAUGGUAAUGCGCUUACCGCGGAAGAAUUCUGGCCACCAUUCUACAAGACAUUGACGAUAUCGUUCGAAAACGCCAAGAAGGAUCUAAAGAAGUUUCAAUUCGAUAGUGAAAUAGACACCAACUACAGCUUUCUGAGGCAGUUGUAUACAGAAUACAAUAGUAUAUUUGAGAGACCAGAUGUAUACAACUACAGGAAUUUGAUCUUGAAGGUCAUGACCAACUGCGUCCAAGUCUGUGAAGCUAAGAAUCGAGAUGUAGUGGUAUUGUUUUUGAACUUUAUUGAGGGUGAAUACAGAAGGAAUGAUGGUGGAAAUGCGCUGAAAAUUGAUGUUGAAGUUCGUAAUAAUACUGCAAUGGAAGUCGAUGAGUCGGCCAUUGAAAAUGCUGCAAAUGCAGAAGAUAUUCCAGAAGUUAUUGAGGAACCGAAAGAAACAGCGUCAGGCAAAAUAAUUUUCAAAACACUCAUAAACAUAAUGCAAGUUCUGGCGCAAUUCAAAAAUCCUAGAGCACUCCACAAAGAACCAGUAUUCUGGGAACUUUACAUGGAGUUUCUGAAACACAAAAAUGCAGGACUUCAGAAGUUUGCUUUAGAUUGCGUUUUGAACUACAAAAAUAAAAGUGUCACUCCAUACAAAAGCAAUUUGUACAACUUGGUUGAUGAGAACAAAUUCAAAGAUGAACUGACUUUGUUUAAGAUCACAGAAGAUUCCCAGAAUAUUCAGCCUGAUGACAGACAGCAUGUUGUUCCAAUAAUAUUGAGGAUACUUUAUGGAAAAAUGACUUCGAAAUUAGGCGCGGAUAAGAAAGGCGGUGGCCAAGCGAGGAGAUCCCUUGUGAUGAGAUAUCUAGCUGGUUGUAAUGAAAACGAGUUGAAAAUGUUUAUUGAAAUGGCUUUUUCCCAUUUACAACAACAAUUGACCUUAGAGCCCAGGCAAAUACUCGAAAACACAAUGGCUACUUUGGAUUUGAAAUCAAUCACAAGUCCUGGAAAGCUUCACAGUAUAUUGAAUCUUUUUGAGGUGGUCAAGGAAUACUUUGGUGGUUACUUGAAAGAUGACUUGCAGAACCAAUUCUUUAAAAUAUUCUAUUCGGUAUGCUCUUUAGUUGGUGCUGUUUUAUCCCAAGGAGAUAGAGUCCAUGUUGGAUAUGUCAAAAUUAUGAAGAACCUCAGAACACUUUGUUUGGGAACACUUAGAAAGCUAUUUGACCAGUUUCAUGAAUAUCCUUGGAGCAAUGAUGAGUUGUACGUCAUUUACGAGACGCUUAUUUGGCCAUUGAUUCCAAAAUUACACAUUGAAGGAAUCCAUACGCCUACAGCGUUGUUAAAACUGUUGAACAUAUGGUGCCAGAAUCCAAGGUAUUAUGUUCUGUUGGUGACAGUUUCUGAAAAGGAUAAUACUUUGUGCCCAUUGCCUGCACUGUUUCAAUUGCUGUUAGCACCCAAAACAACUCCUGGUGUUGUUAACACUAUUUUGGACAUGAUAGAGAAACUGCUAACAUUAGCAGAAGAUAAUGAGGAGAAAGAAGUUCCUCCAAUAGAAUCAUUCAACGUCUUACCUACUACUGACAGCAAAAGCAUAGAGAAUGUAAAGGAAAUAAAUUUUGGAAGUAUUAUAUUGAUACCGCACAUUCCAAGUAUUUUGGAAGUCAUGAAGCGACGUAUAGCGAAUUCGGCGAAAUCGAACACCGUUAAUAGAAGAGACUUGCUCAUCCUCUCAAGAGUGACAGAAUUAGUCACGACACCCGAGUUAUGCGACGAUCUGCUGAAUUUGUUGUUGCCAAUUCUAGUCAAAAAGGUGUGCAUGAAUAUGGCUGAAGAAAACAUGGAGCAUGCUGUGACGACUAUAAUAAACUUACUGGGCCACAGCACGAAUCCCCAAAUCUACAUAAAGAACAUAGCGGUUCUAUUCAAUAAAGUCGCACCAGUCGAUGUCAGGAAACUCUUAAUCAAAUUGCUUUCGUCGAUCGCUGAGAAUGCUGAUAAAAACAAAGAUGUCUUAACCAGAAUGGCUAGUAUCAUUACUGAAAUGAACGCAUACAAUAAGAGGUGGAUAGAGCAGCCUGAUUUUGACAGAAGAAUAGACGCUUACAAGAAAAUAUAUCAGCUCUCAGAAAAUAACGAAAUCGAUUUAGAUCUUGCGAUUCUGAUCGUCAACAACUGCUUUUACUCUAUCCGUACUGAGAAGGACAUUGGUCUUAGGGAUGGAGCUGGUCUGUGUUUGAAGAGAAUUCUUCCGAAACUCCUUUCCAAAUAUUGGUCUAUGACUGAUGGGCAAUUCCUUGUGAGAGACACAGUACUGUCUCUGAUUUCCUCUGGGAUUAGAGACACGAAAAACGAAAUUCUCAGAAAUGAAAGCAUCGCGUUGCUUGGUGAACUAGCCAGAGAAUCACCCGACGCAGACGUGGUAUUAUCUGACCUCGCCCAUCUGACCAACAAGGAAGAUAUUGAAGUAGAUUUCUUCGAGAACAUGUGUCAUUUACAAAUGCAUAGACGAGUUCGAGCUCUGAUGAAGUUCUGCAAAGUUGCCAAAAAGGUUUCGAAAUGUCCUACUCCUAGGACGCUCACCAAUUUCAUUCUACCUUUAGCAACAACGUAUAUUUGUGACGACAAGUACACAGACAAAAAUACGUUGAUAGAUGCUUGCAUCGAAGUCAUUUCGACUUCCUGCAGGUUACUUCCAUGGUACCAUUACGAAGUAAUAUUAAAGACGUAUUUGAACAAAAUGCGUCAUUCCACAGAACAUCAAAAGCAGUUGACUCGUAUAUUAGUAGGCAUCCUGGAUGCUUUCCACUUUGAUUUCUCUAAAGUUAAGAACAUCGAUUUGCCAAAAGCUUUGAUUACUAAUACUGAAACUGGGACCAUAAAAUUAGGCAGAAAGAAAGCUAAAAUAGAACAAAAUGCUGAUACAAGUGAAAAUGCCGAAGUGGUUGAGAAGAAAACUGAAACAGAUGAUGUUGAAAUAAAAGAGAAUGAAACGCCAGAAGAAGACAAAGUAGAAAUAGAUGUAGAAUCUGAAUUGAAAGCGGCAGAUGAUGAAGCUGAGAAAGAUGAUUCGUCUAAAGAAGUUUCGGACGUGCCAGCAUUUGAACGGAUCACAAGUGUUUCACCUUCCGUUGCCAAGAGGAUUAUAAAGUCACUAUCAGCUGGUCUACUCCCUCAAUUAAAUAGAGCAAUAGGCAAGAUGACAGAUCACGAGGAGUCCCACAAGGUGAACAGACGCCGCACGGGCAUCGAACGGCAAGAGGAAGAAAUGAUGCGAGUGCCGAUUGCGCUUGCUUUGGUUAAACUGCUGCAGCGACUGCCUGGAGAGCCUUUGAGGCACCAGCUGCCUGGCAUCAUCAUAAAACUGUGUUCCUUCUUAAAAUCUCCAUUGAAACAAGUGCGUAUCGCAGCCAGAGAUAUCGUCAAAAAAAUCAUGAUAACUGUCGGAUCUUCUUACUUAGGCAUCUUACUCGAACACUUGACUUUACUACUCACGAAAGGCUUCCAAUGUCACGUCUUAGUUUCUACAAUACACACUGUGCUAGACGCUUUGAAAUCUGACUUCAAAGCUGGUGAACUAAACGAGAAUUUGGAUUACAUAUUAGAUGUAUGCACAAAUGAUUUAUUUGGUGAUUUAUCAGAAGAAAAAGAAGUGGACAAGCUACAUUAUAAAACGCCCGAAGCAAAGCCCAGCAAGAAAAGCUACGUCACUCUUAUGAUUGUAUCCCAAAAUAUAACAGAGGGUUGCUUGAUCAACCUUCUAUUGCCUUUCAAAGAGGUUCUACAAAAGCACCACUCCAAAAAGAUGGUUUUAAAAGUGCAAGAAGCUCUUAUGCACAUAUCAAGUGGUUUAGUCACUAACAAAUUCAUUGAUAUCGAGUCUCUAUUCAUAUUCCUUCACGGUAUCGCCUCGGAGAGCAUUCCAGAAUUCGUUUUAGGUGCACCUAAGAGGGAAAUAACUGAGGCCCAGAAGGAAAAAAUGCUUAGAGCGAAACCAGACUGCUUCAUCAUCCCAGAAACGCCUAAACGAAGUAAAGAGUCGCAAGUGAGGAACGUAAAAACUUCUGGCAAAGCCAACUCUCACGUUUUAGUCGAAUUCAGCAUGAAUAUUCUUUAUGUUAUACUCAAAAGAGAGAAAGUCCCAAGAAUGGACUGCAAAGCAUUCGUAGAUCCAUUGAUACCUUUGCUAGUUGAUGCGUUGAAAAGCGACCAUGUCAAAGUAACGACUGUGGCUAUGAAAUGCAUUUUGACUCUCUGGACUAUUAGAAUUAGUACGCCGACGUUGGAAGAAAUGAUACAGGAUGUGGUGAAAACGAUAUUUUCGAUUUUACACAAGUAUGCCACGUUUGAGAUUAGUAAGCAGAACGAUAAUUAUCAUCUAGUCAGGAAUGCAUUUAAGGCAGUCACAGUCCUCAUCAGAAACGUGAAGUACUACAAAUUAGAGGCCGAACAGCUUAAAACGCUUCUCCUAUAUGCAGAAGAAGAUUGCAUGAACGACGAGCGUCAAGCCAACUCAUUCACUCUGCUGAAAGCUAUUCUAGAAGCGAAACUCGUCUCUACAGAGUUGCAUGAAGUUAUGGAAAAGAUAUCCAAGAUCUGUAUAUUGAGUGAAUCAGCUAAAUCGAGGGAAGAAGCCCGCACAAUAUUCGUGACGUACCUAACGAACUACUCGCCCGGCAAGAAGAUGGACAAGUUCAUUCAGUUCUUCGUGUCCCAGCUUAAUUUCGAGCUACAGCACGGGCGGGAAUCAUCUCUGAAGUUCCUGGACAUGAUCAUCAAUAAGUUCCCAGUGCAACAACUCUCCAAACAUGGCGACUACCUCCUACUAGCGCUCGGCGCGUCAAUGCUCAACGAUUCUGCGCCCGAGUGCCGCGCCGCCGCCGCCGCCUGUUUAGAAGCUAUGCUCAAGAGACUGCCCACAUUGGACAGGAAUAAACUGUUUGAUCUGGUGCUGACGUUCUUCCAGGAUACCCAACCAAUCCACUUCGAGCUCGCCGCGCAACUAAGCACUCGCUUCGUAAACGUCGAAGGCGACGACUUCAAAAGCCGCCUCAGCACCGUCCUCUCUCUAGUCAGCAGCAAAAUCCUUCUACUCAGCAACGACAUAACCGAAGGCCGCUUCGUAAAACUACGGCUAGAGCAAUCCGACGACAAAACGGACGAAGAAAAACAGAAAGAGAAAGACCACAGUUUGAUUCAGAUUCUAAACUUGAUUGAUAGGAUAACAACAAAUUGUUCGAAUAGCAUCAAAGAUAAGAAGUUUAUAAGCGACUUUGAUGACUUAGCUCAACAGUGUCAAGCGUUAUUGGGGUAUCCACACGCGUGGGUAAGAUUACGCGCGGCUAAGAUUCUGGGCACCAUUCUCUGUGCUGUGAAUGUUGAGGAGUUGGAUCUGGUGGUGCAGAAGAAAGCUGAAAGUGAGAGAGGGUUCAUCUAUUAUGAUACGGAGGUGUCUUUGAGGAGUUUGGUGCUGGAUCUAUGUGCGCAGUUCACGCCGUCCGUUACUAAGGAAAUGGCUGAGGAGGUGACAUCAGUACUCUUCCAAAUAUUGAAGCUAGUCCACAACAUGUCCAGUUUCAAGUUAACCCCCAAAUGCAUAGCGGAGGAGAGUAAGGAGGAAGCGGAGACCACGGCCAAAGUGAAUCUCCGCUGGAUACUGUUCAAGCUUAGGAAAGCCGUUAACGUUGAAGUGGCUAGGGCGCCUAAUUCUACUAAUAUUAGAAUAUCAAUAUUCACAAUGUGGACCCACCUCAUAAGUUCGCUAGAAACGGACGACCUAAACAAGAUCAUUGACGUCAUCCUACCGCCGAUAGUGCGCGAACUGUCCGUCGGUGACGUGGGGGCGCCCGCGUCGCCUGUCAAGCAACUCGCGGGGAGGCUGGGCAAGAAGUUGAGAAGGAAGAUUGGGGAUAUAGAGUACGGGAAACUAGUGGCUGAGGUGCAGACAAGACUGAAUAUUAGGAGGGUUGAGAGGAAAAAGGUUCUAUUACAAGAAAAAGUGCACAAUCCAGAAAAGGCGGCAAAGAGGAAAUUACAGCUAAAGGAAAAGAAAAAGCAGGCAAAGAAAAUGAAACUCGAAAUGAUGCACGGAAAGAGGCCUAAAGCCAAGAAACGAAAGGCGGAGGAUAUUGAUGUAGAAGACCAAUUACUACAAGACGACGACUGAAGCUAUACUUAUUAAUUAUACUAAAGCUAGAAUAUGAAAACUGAAGCUAUAUAAAUUGUAUUAAAGCCAGGAUAAUGAGAGAGAAAGAAUGGCCAAUGUCCAAAAUAGGCCACGCCCCUAUU